AGUGCUUAGUUAGUGUGUGUGGGUGAUUCGAUUCGUGAGUCGUGAUUGUAUUUUUGUGCAUUGCUUGCAUUGCAUUGGCUUUGGCUUUGGCAAAAUUGACAUUGUUUGUAGGUUACCCAUAAGAUAGAGAUAUUGAGUAAAAUUGCUGAUUUGUGCAAUAAUAAAUAACUUACAAUUGUUCGUUUUUACCAAGGGAAAUAGUCUUGCAACAUGUCUGAAACUCGUGUCAGACGUGUGGUUACUGAAGAUCUAUCAAACGUUGAGUUUGAGACAAGUGAAGAUGUUGAAGUUAUUACCACGUUCAACACCAUGGGGUUACGGGAAGAACUUCUUCGGGGUAUAUAUGCUUAUGGAUUUGAAAAGCCAUCUGCAAUACAACAGCGGUCAAUCAAACCAAUAGUGAAAGGACGAGAUGUGAUUGCUCAAGCUCAGUCUGGUACCGGCAAGACAGCAACAUUUUCCAUUUCUAUUCUUCAGUCAUUGGAUACCACAUUACGUGACACUCAAGUACUGGUUUUAUCACCAACAAGGGAGCUUGCCGUUCAAAUUCAAAAGGUUAUUCUGGCAUUGGGGGACUUCAUGAAUGUGCAAUGUCAUGCGUGUAUUGGAGGAACCAAUCUGGGCGAAGAUCUCCGCAAGCUGGACUACGGCCAACACGUUGUAUCAGGCACUCCUGGCCGAGUGUUUGACAUGAUACGACGUCGUGUGCUGCGUACUCGCUCCAUCAAGAUGUUGGUGCUGGAUGAGGCUGACGAGAUGUUGAACAAAGGAUUCAAAGAGCAAAUCUAUGAUGUUUACAGAUAUUUGCCUCCUGCUACACAGGUUGUUCUUGUAUCUGCUACAUUGCCUCAUGAAAUCCUUGAAAUGACUAGUAAAUUCAUGACUGACCCAAUCCGCAUUCUGGUGAAACGUGAUGAGUUGACUCUGGAAGGCAUCAAGCAGUUCUUUGUAGCCGUCGAGCGAGAGGAAUGGAAGUUUGAUACACUGUGUGACUUGUACGAUACUCUCACCAUCACUCAGGCAGUGAUAUUCUGCAACACUAAGAGGAAGGUGGAUUGGUUGACAGAGAAGAUGAGAGAGGCUAACUUCACAGUUAGUUCCAUGCACGGUGACAUGCCUCAGAAAGAGAGAGAUGCUAUUAUGAAAGAGUUCCGCUCUGGCCAAAGCCGAGUGCUGAUCUCCACAGAUGUAUGGGCUCGUGGCAUUGAUGUACAGACUGUCUCCUUGGUCAUAAACUAUGACCUACCAAACAACAGAGAACUGUACAUUCAUAGGAUUGGUCGAUCUGGAAGAUUUGGCAGGAAAGGUGUAGCUAUAAACUUUGUGAAAAAUGAUGACAUCCGUAUCUUGAGAGAUAUUGAACAGUAUUACUCAACCCAGAUAGAUGAGAUGCCUAUGAAUGUGGCUGAUCUGAUCUAAAGAGAAGUCCUCAAGAAGUUAAUGAUGUAUCUUACAAUGUGUGUAUAGUAGGUUCUUGUAAAUAUGUUAUUUUUUAGCAGUAGUUUUUUUUUUUUCAAUAAAUUUUUUACUCUCUGUAAUGAUUAGGAAAAUAAUAUGUAACAGUUACAUAAUAUUGUUUAGUACAAAUUAUAAGACCAAUUAGGUUUUUGAAAAAUCUCUAAGUUUGUCUUUGCUCAUUAAACUUAAAAAUAUUGCUUUUUUUCAAAACUGUAAAAUAUUUUUACUAAUAAAACUUGGUUUGUCUGUGGAAAUGUUCUAUUAAAAUAUAUUUUAUCUGUC